GCGAUCGCGGCUGGAACGCACGCACCCAGUAUCUAACGGGUUGGAACCGACCGAACUGGACCGAACCGAACAGAACCGGGCUGUAGAGGAAGUGGCAGGAUGUCGAACCGAUUUGGACGCUUGUGGUUUACGGUUUCCAUCGCGUGUGUCGCAGCCGCUGUGGGUGCCGUGAGCAGCGAAAGUGAUUUACGGGCUCUAGAAUUGUCGGAGUACUGGCGGAUGCCACGCGUGUUCAAGUAUGAUGAUUACGAUAUCUGCCUAAACGAUAAUCCCACCAUUUCCUCGGUAUACUGCGUAGUAAAGGCAGUCAUCCGACCGGACAACAGUUCGGAAGUGUGGGGUUUGAUCGAGCGGAUAUCGAGCAAGUGGAAGAUUAAGCUUAACCAUGCCCAUCUCGAUCGUGGUGUUUGCGUACGCGAUUGCGAAAUGCGGCUGCAGCGCUUAUCCGGCCGGCUAAAUGACAGUGAGCUACUCGUGCCCAAGUUCAACACCAGCUACCGGUAUGCUUUCAAACCAGGGACAUUCAGAGAUAUUGAUCAAUAUCGACAAAACUAUUCUCAAUUAUUGGAGAAGUGUGUCAACAUAGAGCUGUCGGAAGAAUUCGGGCUGAAGGCGCAGACAGAAAUAGAAUAUUGCGAUAGCAAUACAGUAUCCUAUCCAAUAGAUUGGUUAGAAAUAGCGUUUAUAGUGGUGAUGCUGGCAAUAGCAGGAAUUGUGUUUGCCUCCAGUAUGUACGAUUUCCGAUGCAAAACGACGCACGGGCUUGACCACUAUAGACAGGACCUGCCGUCCACAAGGCAGAUGUAUCUGGUUUCCUUUUCAAUCAUCCGAAACUGGUACCGCAUCACAUCGCGAGGGGACGAUCAACUUAGCCACGAUUUGCGCUACAUUCACACCAUUCGCAUGAUCGUCUUUAUGGGAGUUACCUUAGGCCACGUGGUGUUCUACGCUCAGCCUAGAACGGCACUUACCAUCGAAAACCGUUACAGCGACCUUUCGACUAUGAUAGUAAUCAAUGGUACCCAGAUUGUGACGACGUUUUUCGCAAUCAGUGCCAUGCUGCUGGUGCUGUUCUUCAUGCAAAAAGUAGAAGAGACAAAGAAAAAGGUCGGCAUUGCGGAAAUAUUCAUCAUUUCCGUUGCUCGUUACGUUCGACUAACUCCUGUGUACGCGUUCGUGAUGCUCUUCGAGGCCACCUGGGUGGUGCGGCUGGCUGAUGGACCACUGUGGCAGAAGGGCUUUGAAACUGGCCGAUCGUACUGCCGCAAGAACUGGUGGGUUAAUCUACUCUACAUCAACAAUUACUACAAAGUCGACGAACCGUGCAUGCUCCAUACGUGGUACCUAGCAGCCGAUUUCCAUCUCUUUGUGUACGGACUAGUGCUGUGUGCAUUGAUUGCCCGCUUCCCGAAAGUGCGGAACGCACUGUUGGGAACGUUGCUGGUGCUGAGCUACCUGGCAACUGCCGCCAUCAUCUAUCUGAAGGAAUAUGAUGCCAUACCGAUUUUUGCAGCAGAACAAAUCCGGUACUUCUUCUGGUACUGGGACGUGUAUCGGGAUGCCUACGUUCCGUCGCAUAUGUAUCUGGUGAAUUACACGUUCGCGAUCGCUUGCGCAUUUUAUUACAUGCACUUGGCAAAAACACGAACCAAUUACCACUGGCUUAUUAAGGUCGGCUGGUUUGCAACCUACCUAAUGAUUCCGGCACUGUUUGCUAUGGGUUACUUCUUUUAUCACUACGAUUUUGCGACUCCUUCGUUGUGGAUGGCACUUCUGUUCCCGUUCAUACGUCUGCUGUACAGUGCGAUCAUCUUCAUUGGAGGAGUUGGCCUAUCCUUUAGAUUUUUAAAACUGUUGACCCGACUAUCAGAUAUCCCAUUCCAUACGAUCAUCGGAAGGCUUACCUACAGCGCCUAUUUGUGUCAUUUGUGUCUGAUUAAGAUGUCCUUGUUUAACACCAGAAGCUUCUUCCGUUACGAAUUGAUUGAUAUUGGUGCCAUUUGGGCAGCUUCCAUGUUGCUUUCCUAUCUCGUGGCUUGGGUACUCUGUCUCGUGCUGGAGUCGCCGUUCAUGGCAUUGCAGAGGCAGCUCUUUAAACGUCAUUCGCGAUCGUCAGAUGAAACGGAUCACUCGUCGAGUGCAGGGGAGAAUGGAAUCGACAAUACCUACUGUGAACAUCCCGAUGAGAAAAGCUAUAAGCCGAAUGUGAUUUUCAGUCAACGAUUUUAGCUGCUAACACGAGUGCUAUUGAAACAAUUGCCAUUUUAGAGAUAGUUUAGUAGUGUCCGAAGCUUAAAAUGCCGUUGUAACUGGAUAGAAUAGAAGUUAAUGAAGUUUAAGAAGUUAAUGAAAAGUUACAAUAAACCAUCAUCAACCAGUUA